AUGGCAUCAGACUCUAUUGAAGACAGGACGUCGGCUCCUUGUGAAACUGUUAGAGAGGAUGAUGAAGAUGGCCCUCAGCUUCAGCAGGAGAUAGACAAGAAGCAGGUUGAGCAACGGGAAGAAGAGAAACUGAAGUCCAAGUAUCCUAAUCUUGCUAAAGGAGGAGGUGGUUCAGCUUUGCUCAACAAAAGGCUCCAGAAGGGAGGACAAAAGUACUUUGACUCAGGAGAUUAUGCUAUGGCUAAAGCCAAGCUCAGUGCCAAAUCAAAACCACCCCCACCUCCAGAAAAAAUAAUCAAGGCAGAGGCUGUAGGGGAGACAAUCCCAACACCUGAGAACAUUCAAGCCAGAAAACCAUCCCUGGUUACAAGCAAGUUAGCAUCUGGAGAAUUGAUAUGA